GAUUCCGGAACCGGAACCUUGGCGCCGCUCUGCCCGCGCUCCCUCGAUGGUGGCGCCCUCCUUCCGGGCCGCGGAGCAUUGUGGGGCGGCAAGAUGGCGGCGCUCAGCGGUGUCCGGGCGGUUGCCAGGGUGAGUGAAGGGGAGCGGACGGGGCGGGGGGGGGGGGCGCCGAGGGCGACGGCGGCCCCGCGGGGAGGCGCCCUUUGGCAGGAGGGGCUGAGCCCCCCGCCCCCUGGAAUUGCCCCCCUGCUCCUCCUCUGUCAGCCUCAGCCCCCCCGCCCCCCCCGCAGGGCGAGGGGCGACCCUGUGGGCCCCCCUGGCGGGGCUGCUCGCUGCCUCGGGGGCAUUUCCACCCCCCCUUCGGCCUCUCUCCUCCCCCGACUCCCUGGGGCCAAUUAAUUGAAACACACAAUUAAUGGAACAAUCUAUGUAGUUAUUAUUGUACAAAACUCACAUACAGCGGUACCUCGGGUUACAGACGCUUCAGGUUACAGACUCUGCUAACCCAGAAAUCGUGCUUCAGGUUAAGAACUUUGCUUCAGGAUGAGAACAGAAAUCGUGCUCCGUCAGCGUGGCAGCAGCAGGAGGCCCCGUUAGCUAAAGUGGUGCUUCAGGUUAAGAACAGUUUCAGGUUAAGUACAGACCUCCAGAACGAAUUAAGUGCAGUGGUACCUCGGGAUCCGUUCCGCGGCGCUGUUCGCAUCCUGAACACAACGUAAGCCACGACAGCGCACCUGCGCAGGUCAUGUUUUGCCACUUCCACGCAUGCACGGGACGUCAUUUUGAGCGCAUGCGCGAGCAGCAAAACCCGGAAGUAACGCACUCCAUUACUUCGGGGUUGCCACGGAGCGCAACUCGAACGCGCUCAACCCGAAGCACAUUCAACCCGAUAUAUGAUUGUACUUAACCCAAGGUACCACUGUAUACGUACGUACAUUAGUCACGGAUACGAUCUGCGCUAUUCUUAAGCAGCAUUUGAAAACAGUUUGUUAUGGAGUCUAACUAGUUUUGAACAACAACAAAAAUCCUUCCAGUAGCACCUUACAGACCAACUAAGUUAGUUAUCAGUAUGAGCUUUCGUGUGCAUGUGCAUUUCUUCACAUACCCAGGUAUUCUGCAGAUACCUGUGUAUCUGAAGAAGUGUGCAUGCACACGAAAGCUCAUACCGAUAACAAACUUAGUUGGUCUCUAAGGUGCUACUGGAAGGAAUCCGCCCCCCCCAACUAUGGCAGACCAACACGGCUACCUACCUGUAACUAGUUUUGAAUGGUUCCUGUUCAUUUUCGGAUCCCUCCAUAGUCGUACAGUCUACAGCAUGGAGGUGACUUUUGCAUAUAGCCCACAAAUUCUCUUUUUUAUUUUUUUUUAUUAAUUUUAAUUUUAUUUACAACAUAAAUCCAUCACAACUCAAAUAGCCCACAAAUUCUCAAUGGGAUUGACAUCCAGGGAAUUCCCUGGCCAAUCAAGUACCUGUAUUUGCUGCUUUGUCCCGAAUUUCUUCCCCACUUUCAGUGUGUGACAGCGGACUGGGUCCUGCUGCAAUAUCCCAGUACCAUCAGGAUACCUCUUUUCCAGCUCUGGAAUAACUCUCUUUCGUAGAACCUCAAUAUAUUGUGGCGAGCGCAUCAUUCCUUCUAUUGGCUGCAGGCUUCCGACACCAUAAUGAAUUUUCAUGUUUGUUUUGAGUACAGUGGUACCUCUGGAUGCAAACGGGAUCUAUUCCGGAGCCCCGUUCGCAACCUGAAGCAAACGCAACCUGCAUCUGUGCGGUUCGUGGUAUGCUGCGCCUGUGCAUGCAUGUGACGUCAUUUUGAAUGUCUGCGCAUGCGUGAGCGGCGAAACCCGGAAGUAACGCGUUCCAUUACUUCUGGGUCGCCACGGAGCACAACCUGAAAAUGCCCAACCUGAAGCAACUUUAACCCGAGGUAUGACUGUACGGGAUUACGAGUAAGAUAGAAAACAUGCUUAGUUUCAGUUAAUUUGCACAAGGGUGUACAAUGCCCACCACAACAGCCCUGCCAGAUAGGGUCAGGCUGAGAGGUGGCGAUGGGCCCCCAAGGUCACACCCAGUGGGCUUUGUGGACAUGCAGGGGCAGGAUUUGAACCCUGGUCUCCCCAGGUGCUGGAAGCCAUUCAAUGCCCACAACUGCCCUGCCAGGGAGGGCCAGGCUGAGAGGCAGCGACAAGCCCCCAAUGUCACCCCUUGGCUUAAUGGCCAAGGGAUUUGAACCCUGGUCUCCCCCAGGUCCUAGUCUGACAUGGGUCCCCGGCUGUUGUUGGACUACAAGAAGAAGAAGAAGAGUUUGGAUUUGAUAUCCCGCCUUUCACUCCCUUUAAGGAGUUUCAAAGCGGCUAACAUUCUCCUUUCCCUUCCUCCCCCACAACAAACACUCUGUGAGGUGAGUGGGGCUGAGAGACUUCAGAGAAGUGUGACUGGCCCAAGGUCACCCAGCAGCUGCAGGUGGAGGAGCGGAGACGCGAACCCGGUUCCCCAGAUUACGAGACUACCGCUCUCAACCACUACACCACACUGGCUCUCAACUCCCAUCAUCCCUCCCCACUGGUCCUGCAACCGCUGGAUGAUGGGAGUUGUAGUCCAACAGCAGCCAGGGCCCCCAAGAGAGACCCCCGCCUCAAGGAGUUUGCCUUCCGAGUCUUCCUGGGCAGGGAGCCCCAGGGAUGGCUGGCACAUGAGGAGGUGCCUGGGCCCCAGCGCUGCGUACCCCCAAAUAACUUGUGAAAACGGCAGCCUUUCAGGAAGAAGCUUGUCUCUAGAAUUAUUUAUUUCAUAAAAUGUAUACGUGGCUUCAUUGUAAGAAAAACACCUCAAAGAUGUUUGUGAAAAGAUGAAACAAGAAAAUCAUCAUCAAGAAAAAAUUACAGUAGCUUAAAACGCACAAGACGUUAAAAUACUGAGAUGUGUUAAAAUUCGCAUCCACUUUCUAAGCAUCUGAGUAGCCUUGUCUAAACAAGAAUGUUUUUAGCAGUGAAGGUGUCUGCUUGGUGUCAACAGGCAGGGAGUUCCGAAGUGCAGGUGCUGCCACACUAGAUGAAUAAGUUCCACAAGUGCAGAACGGGUAUUAUGUGACUCUUGCAGUAGUGCUAAUUCCAGCGACUGAAGCAGUUGCGGGAAGGUGAUCUUCUAGGUCAGCUAGUUCCCAGUUCUUAAGAGCUUUAAAUACUAACAAUAACACCUUGAACUUGGCCCAGUUGCAAAUCUGCAAUCAGUGCAAAUCUAAAAUAAGGCUUCCUGCCAGGAAUUGAAAGAUAGUUAACAUAAUGACUGGGGCUGGUGGGAGUUGGGGGGUCCAGCAACAUCUGGAGGGCCAAAGGUUCCCCAUUCUGACCUGUGGAAUUCACUGUCACAAGAUUAUUUUUAUUAUAUUUUUAUUAUAUUUUCAACAAAAAAAAGCAAACAACAAACACAGCAACAACCACAAACAAAGAAACUUAUACACAACAACAAUAUCAAAUCCAUAAAAUGGGAUUCUCUGAAUCCCAUGAUUCCCCCCUUCCUUAAAUUCCCAUUUCAACUGCAUGAGAUCCAAGUGUGGUAUAGUGGUUAAGAGCGGUAGACUCGUAAUCUGGUGAUCCGGGUUCAGUUCUCCGCUCCUCCACAUGCAGCUGCUGGGUGACCUUGCGCCAAGGUCUCUGAAGUCUCUCAGCCCCACUCACCUCACAGAGUGUUUUUUGUGGGGGAGGAAGGGAAAGGAGAAUGUGAGCCGCUUUGAGACUCCUUCGGGUAGUGAUAAAGCGGGGUAUCAAAUCCAAACUAUACUCCAAAUUAUUUUUUCUACCUCAAAUUUCCUGUAUUAAUUCUAAAAUUACAAGUGUUCUUAAAAUCCUGUCAGUGUAUUAACCUGUUUACAAUACUUUUGCAAAUACAGUCAUACCUCGGGUUACAGACGUUCCAGGUUGCGCGAUUUCGGGUUGCGCACCGCACCGAACCCAGAAGUACUGAAAAGGUUACUUCCGGGUUUUGGUUCUUGCGCAUGUGCAGAAGCGCUAAAUCGCGCUUUGCACAGAAGUGCCAAAUCGCAACCCUUGCGUGUGCAGACGCAGCGCUGUGGGUUGUGAACGCUGAGGGUUGCGAAUGUGCUUCCCGCACAGAUCACGUUCGCAACCUGAGCGUCCACUGUACAUAAUAAACAUUUCCCAUUCUUUUAAAAAUUUCUUACCAUCUUGAUUUCUUUUCCUUUUUUUAUUAAAGAUUUUCUUGAUUUACAAAUCAUCUUGAUUUCUGAGCUUUCCAGUUAGUUUUGUCAUUUCAGCAUAGUCCACUAACUCACUGUCACAAGAUGUACUGGUGGCCACUGGCUUGGAUGGUUUCGAAUGUGCUUGUUGUUGUUGUUUAGUCGUGUCCGACUCUUCGUGACCCCAUGGACCAGAGCACGCCAGGCAUCUGUUUAAUUCAAUGUUAUUUCUGCCUUAGUAAAGCCUAAGGAGUAAAGCUAGAGGUUGAGCCUUGCUUAUAUGGGAUCAGCUCCUUAUAUCAGAAGCUAGAGCCUGUUUAAAGCCCUAAACGGCCUCGGCCCAGUAUACCUGAAGGAGCGUCUCUACUCCCAUUGUUCAGCCUGGACACUGAGGUCCAGCUCCGAGGGCCUUCUGGUGGUCCCUCCCUGCGAGAAGUGAGGUUACAGGGAACCAGGCAGAGGGCCUUCUCGGUGGUGUCAAGGAAAUAAACAACUAUCUGACUUUUAGAAGACAUCUGAAGGCAGCCCUGUUUAGGGAAGUUUUUAAUGACUGAUGUUUUAGUGUAUUUUUAAUCUUUUGUUGGAAGCUUCCGAGAGUGGCUGGGGAAACCCAGCCAGAUGGGCAGGGAAGAAAUUAAUAAUAAUAAUAAUAAUAAUUCCUUUUCAAUUGCAGAGUCUUCUGCUGUCGCAGAGCUGUGGGGCAUGGAGGAGCCUCAGCACCUCAGCUGCAGUUCUGCAGAAGCCAGCCAAGGUAAGGCCCCUUCUCUCUCUUGGAGAUGCUCUCCCUUCUUCCAGCUCCAGGCUUCCUCUGUUUAUUGAUGGCAUUUCUAUGUCACAGUUGUAACCAACAUCUGAAGCAGUGUACUAAAUGUUAAGAGAGCUGUAAUUCAUCUGCAAAAGGAGGCUAAAAAUACUGGCAUACCUUACAGGGUUGUUGUAAGGGCCACCAAUGUAUGUGCAGUGCUUUUUUCCUAAAGUUCUUUUUUAAAAUUCAGACGGGGGACUGGGAGCGGCCGCUGGGACCACAUAACACUGGUCCUGAGAGAUCUGUAUUGGCUGCCAGUAUGUUUCCGAGCACAAUUCAAAGUGUUGGUGCUGACCUUUCAAGCCCUAAAUGGCCUUUCAAGCCCAGUAUACCUGAAGGAGCGUCUCCACCUCCAUCAUUCUGCCUGGACACUGAGGUCCAGCUCCAAGGGCAUUCCGGCAGUUCCCUCAUUGCAAGAAGUGAGGUUACAGGGAACCAGACAGAGGGCCUUCUCGGUAGUGGCACCCACCCUGUGGAACGUCCUCCCAUCAUGUGGUGGUCAGGUUGGAUUGCUAUGAUCCCACGUGACCACCACACAUGAGAUGUCAAGGAAAUAAGCAACUAUCCUAUUUUUAAAAGGCAUCUGAAGGCAGCCCUGUUUAGGGAAGUUUUUAAUGUUUAAUGCUGUAUUGUUUUUAAUACUCGAUUGGGAGCUGCCCAGAGUGGCUGGGGAAACUCAGCCAGAUGGGCGGGGUAUAAAUAAAUUAUUAUUAUUAUUAUUAUUAUUAUUAUUAUUAUUAUUAUAUUACAUUGUGGGGGGCUGGACCAGAUGACCCUUGGUGUGACAGUUCUAUGACUAAGUUUUCAUUAAAAAGAGAUAAAUCAGUUCAGCUCCUGCCAGGGUGCUCAUUUAGCUGUAUAUCUGAUUUGCAUAAUAUCCCCCAGUUUAGAUGGUUGGUUUUUUUUAACCUCUUCUAAAGGAUGGGGAGUAAAAAUCAGAUCUGCUCCUCUUGCUAUGAGGAUCAGGAUGGGUGUGACUCUGUGCUCUCUUCUAGGCGGAGAGCUUCAGCUCGGAGGGGGUGUUCCCCGUCACCAUGAUCCCAGGGGAUGGGGUGGGCCCUGAGCUCAUGCACUCCGUCAAGGAAGUCUUCAAGGUAAGAGCGCUUGCUUCGCUUGGCGAUUUCUCAAGAGCUUGGCUUUGGGGAUAUCCUGCGUGGGCUGGGAGGAGGCAAAGGGCUGGCUGGCUGAGACGCUCCAGUCUCUUGCGCUGCAUGAAGCCGUGGCGCCUGUGCUGUCAAGCCCCAAGGUCUGGUCCUCAGGUCAAGACAGUGGGGCUCAGAUCAGAAUCCCAAGCCCAGCUGCAUCCCAGGGUUGCUGGGGAAAAUCUCUCCUGGCCUGGCUCAUCCUUGGGGGUGCCUGUGACAGCCAGUAUGGGUGUUGCACAGUGCCCCCGCACCUCGACAGGAUUCCCUUUCCGCAUGUGACAUUCCUUGCAAGAGGCGGAGAGGGGUGCACUGCUUUCUUCUGCAUGGGACGACCACGUGGAAGUCAGAGAUCUCCAGGGGCAGAAGGGGCCCACCCUGGCCAUGUGACCCAGCAGGAGGACACCCCACUUUCUCCCCUCCUGUGUGUUUCUGCAGGCGGCUGGUGUCCCUGUGCAGUUUGAUGAGCACCACCUGAGUGAGGUGCAGAACAUGGCUUCAGAGGAGAUCCUGGAUCAAGUCCUUGGCUCCAUGGACAAGAGCAAAGUGGCCCUCAUUGGUACGGCGUGAGGGGAAGUUGGUGGGCAAGGCUUCCUUCAUACGCCUUAGAGGCCCAUGGCGUGCAUCUGGGCCAGGCAUAGGCAAACUCAGCCUUCCAGGUGUUUGGGACUACAAUUCCCAUCAUCCCAGACCACUGGUCCUGUUAGCUAGGGAUGAUGGGAAUUGUAGUCCCAAACAUCUGGAGGGCCGGAGUUUGCCUAUGCCUGAUCUGGGCCAUGGGGAAGUGGCUUACAUCUUGCAAGGAAACGGCUUUCUCUGGGCUGCCAAUAACACCUUCACGGGGGCUCCCAUCCCCUUAUCACCCUGUGGCUCUCCUCUGCAGAGAGCUGGGGUCUUUUCUCACUGUCUCUCGCCAUUGCAGGAAAGAUCCACACCCCCAUGGAAUACAAAGGGGAACUGGCCUCCUACGACAUGAGGCUCAGGUAAGUUUCGGCAGCCUUGCACCGGGUAGACUAGAUAAACUUCAAAUGCUGCCACCAUCCAGCUAAAGGCAUCCAAUUUGCUGUCGUCUGAAAGGAUGGAAAGGUUGUGUUUCCCUAUAUGCUGCUUUUCCACAAUGAGCUGUACCCAAAGCAGCAAACAUCCAAAAUAUCAAAAUGAGAAGCAUGUCAGUAUAUUAAAAAAUGACAAAAAUCAACAAUUUAGCAAACAGAAUAAUACUACACACUGCAAAAAAACAACAACCCACCAAUCCGUCUAGCCUUAAAUACCUAAAUACAAAGCGAAAUGAGAGUUAAUUACCAGUGAAGUUUCUGGUACCAAUCUUGCUGCACUCCAAGGAGCGUGGCUUAAAUGCGUUUCAGAGGGGCGAGGUAGAUCACGUACGGGGCAGACAGGCGAGGGGAAAGCCAUGGCUCAGGUGCCUUUGCCUUAUUCAAGGCAGCCCUGGAUAGGGAAGGUUUUAAUGUGUGAUGGUUUUAGAUUUUGUUGGUAGUCGCCCAGAGUGGCUGGGGCAACGCCGUCAGAUGGGCGGCAUAUUUUUAUUAUUAUUUUUAUUAUUUUUAUUUAUUAUUAUCAUCCUCAUCAUCCUCAUCAUUAUAAUUAUUUAUUGCUGGGCCAGCCCAUCACGGUGACUGAACAGACAGAACUGAAUGAGCAGCCAUGGGGGCAGAUUGAGUUGGAGGAUGGGGGGCCGGCUGGUGUUGAGACAGCACUUUAAAAUGGUGGUAGGUUGUCUCCGUAACUCUGGCUUCCCUCUUCCAGGCGCAAGCUGGACCUCUUUGCCAACGUGGUCCGUGUGAACAGCCUGCCCGGCUACAAAACGAGGCACAACAACCUGGACCUGGUGAUCAUCCGUGAGCAGACGGAGGGCGAGUACAGCUCCCUGGAGCACGAGGUGAGUGCUGCCAAUACAGUAAUGAAAAUAAAUAUAUAAUUUACAUGCCACCUAUCUUGCUGGGUGACCCCAAGCACUCUGGGCAGCUCCUGACAAAAGAGAGUCAAAACACUAUACAGCAUCACUUCCCUGAACAGGGCUGCCUUCAGGUGUCUUUUGAAAAGCACAUAGCUCAUAGACCACAUGACGCCGGUCUUGAAAGGUCUACAUUGGCUCCCAGGACAUUUCCAAGCACAAGUCAAAGUGUUGGUGCUGACCUUGAAAGCCCUAAAUGGCCUCGGUCCAGUAUACCUGAAGGAGCGUCUCCACCCCCAUCGUUCUGCCUGGACUCUGAGGUCCAGCUCUGAAGGCCUUCUGGCGGUUCCCUCACUGCGAGAAGUGAAACUACAGGGAACCAGGCAGAGGGCCUUCUUGGUAGUGGCACCUGUCCUGUGGAACGCCCUCCCACCAGAUGUCAAAGAGAAAAGCAACUACCAGACUUUUAGAAGACAUCUGAAGGCAGCCCUGUUUAGGAAAGCUUUUAAUGUUUAACAGACCACUGUAUUUUAGUACGUUGUUGUAAGCCACCCAGAGUGGCUGGGUAUAAAUAAUAAAUUAUUAUCAUAAAUUAUUGUAUCUGUUUGGCAUCUGCUGGGAGGGCUUCUGUUCCUGGCUGUGCUGAUCCUGCAGUUUGCCUAAAGUUACGCAAUUGAGCGAGAUGCAGGGAGUGUGAGAGCCGCUGUGUGAAUGGGAAGGACAUUUCUAACGUAACGUUUGAUGAUGGGGUCGGGGGGCGAAAGGCUGUGUACACUGACAGCCCCCACAGUAAAAUGGGAAGGAGACAAAGCUUGUGUGAACCUUUGGGGUGGGGGUCGGAAGGGGAGCUUGCAAAGUAGUUUUCUAGUGGGAUAGGAGCCAGUCUGCUUAACUGUCCACCCCUCUGGUGUGGGGCUUCUCCCCUUGGCUCUGGAGAAGGCAGACUCUGCUUGCUUCAGAUUCAUUCAUUCAUGCUAAGCAGGUUCAUUUAGCUCUAAGGGCAACUUGCCUAAGAACGUUGAUGUACAAGACAACCUCUGCUUGCAGGCUUACAUUCUAAAAAACACAGCACAAAAGGAAAUGGGUUGGGAUGAGAUGAGUAAAACAAGCAAACCCGGGCACCAGUUCUUAAAGUUAUAAAGUUUGAAAGGAAACAGUUCUUGGGCAGGAGGGGGCGGAUGAGGAGGAAGAGCCAGGUGGAGGCAGUCUCUGAGCAGAGCCCAGGAGGCCUGAUGCGUGAAAGGGGCGGGGGCCCUGGUGGGGGCAAAGCCUUCCUUCAUGUGGUUUGUGCUGCUUGUGCCCCCUCUGUGCUCAGAGUGCCAAGGGUGUCAUCGAGUGCAUGAAGAUCAUCACUCGGGCCAAGUCGCAGCGCAUUGCCAAGUUUGCCUUUGACUUUGCCACCAAGAAAGGGCGCUCCAAGGUCACGGCCGUCCACAAAGCCAACAUCAUGUGAGUGGGGAGCAGCGGGAGGGCGGAGGCCGGCUGGCUGGGGGCUCCUUUUCCUGUUGCUGACCCCCAGUCCCCAUCUCAACACCCAGGGGGUUCCCAAGUGUUUGUGCUGCCACAUAAGGGGUCAAGUUCUUACAGAUGCUGAACGGCUGUUCUGUGGCCUUUGGUGACAGUUCCAUGGAACGAAGUGGCCGACCUGUUGAGAUGGAUGGCCUAACUUGGACAUGCUCCUUACUUUCAUCAUCAUCAUCAUUUUUAAUUUGUAUAUCGCCUUUCUAUCUUACAAUACUCAAGGCGGUUUACAAGUUGAAGAAACAACAAAUGUACAUCUUAUAACAAUCUAACGCAAUACAAAAAUGUGAUAAUAAAACAGAACUUUAAAAUAGGCAGCCUACAUCAAAAAAGUAACAUUCCACAAUCAAUUAGAAUAGUAUAAAAUAAUAAUAUCAACAUAUAAAAGUUAAACAGAAAUCCACCCAACAGUUACAAUAAUAUCUAAACUAUAAUCAGUAAAACAGCGGCAUAUAAAACAAUACAAUACAAAUUGAGAAGCAGAGGGUGGGGCAAGGCAGGUGGAAGGAGGCCUUCCCCAGUGGAGUCUCUCCCCUCACAGUUCUUCCUCCAGGAGCAGCUCCCUUAUGUGGACUCCUAGGGCCGGAGGGUGGGGCAAGGCAGUGGGUCAGCCUUAGUUGAAUACCGCCCCAAGUCUGUCUCCUGUUUCCCCCUUACCCACUUACCUUGGGGCAGCGUCCAGAAUUUCAGACUGCCUUCUCUCUCUCUCAGGAAACUGGGCGAUGGGCUUUUCCUGCGCUGCUGUAAAGAGGUGUCCGAGUUGUAUCCCAAGAUUAAAUUUGACACCAUGAUCAUAGACAACUGCUGCAUGCAGGUAGGCCAGGCCCCUCCGCCCCUCCCUCCCCGCUGCCUCCUUCAGCAGAUACCUUCCCUUGGGGACCCUUGCCCCUCUGCCCAGGCUUGUGGGUUGCCAGAGGAGUCCCCCAGCGUUGGCGGUGUGUCCCUGCAAGUCUCGGUUGCUGGGCGGCCUCACCCCCUCCUGGCAUGUGGCCUGCAGAGGAGCUUGGGCACAAAACCGUGAGCUGCCCAUGAGACUGGCAUGACGGGAGGGUGCUUCCUGCCGCGAUUCCACGUGCGAUGGUGUGCCGUGUCUUCCUUCCAGCUGGUGCAAAACCCUUACCAGUUCGACGUCUUGGUCAUGCCCAACUUGUACGGCAACAUCAUCGACAACCUGGCGGCCGGCCUGGUGGGUGGGGCCGGCGUGGUUCCUGGAGAGAGCUACAGUGCUGAAUACGCCGUCUUUGAGAUGGUGAGGAACUGAUCGGGGCUGGGUUCGCCCUCCCUCCGUCCCGGGGGCUUCAGGGGAAGCUGGGCGGCACGACGUGUCUGAGAGCGUUUUCCCCUUUCUCUCCUUCCUUCCAGGGCGCCCGUCACCCCUUUGCUCAGGCUGUGGGGAGAAACAUCGCCAACCCCACAGCCAUGCUGCUCUCCUCGGCCAACAUGUUGAGGCAUCUCAAGUGAGUUCCCUGGGCUGAGUGGCAAGAGGGCGGGGAGCCUUCCAGCAGAAUAAUAAUACCACCUUCAUUGUCAUUGUACAACCUGUGUACAAUGAAAUUAAAUGAGCCUCCCUUCCCCCCCCAACACUCAGUCUCGCUGCACUCUGUGUGCUUUUCGAACAACACACCACCUCACAAAUCAAUUUCACUGUGUUAUUUUCCGUUCAACAGCCUAACAGCCCCCAGACAAAAGCUGUUUUUUAGCCUGUUGGUACGGCUGAUUAUACUUCUAUAUCUCCUGCCCAAGGGUAGAAGAUUAAAGAGGUGCAUAGCUCUCAACAUUCCCCUUUUUUAAAGGGAAAUUCCUUAUUCCGAAUAGGAUUCCCUGCAAGAAAAGGGAAAGGUUGAUAGCUAUGAAGAGGUGAUGGCCGGGGUGGCCUACCUCACAGGGUUAUUACUCCUCGUGACAGCCGCCUCUUUCCUCCUCCCCUGUCUAGCUUGGAAUACCAUUCCACCAUGAUCUCGGACGCCGUGAGGAAGGUGAUCAAAGUUGGCAAAGUGAGUAUUGAGCUGUCUGAUUUCUGUCCUUUCCUUUCUGCUGUGUGCUGAACCUGUCUCUGCUUCUCUUCUCUCCGUGUUGUGCCCAGUUCUGGCUGGCAGGUUCUGUUGGGGCAGUUGGGGGGGGGGGAGUUCAGGCCAAGGAGAGAAGGGGGGGGCAGAAUUUGCCAGGGCAGCUGACUCACUCCCCCAGGAGGAGGAGGCUAUUGGGGCUUGUUUGUACUUAGAGCUCACCCUUCAUCAAAUGGUGCCCGGGUGGAUUACAAAAAUAUCCUACUUAAAAUUAUUUUCAAAUUAUUAUUAUUAUAUUUAUUUAUACCCCUCCUUUUCCUCAGCGCAGGACUUAAGGCAGCUUACACAAAUUAAAGCAGCACAAAUAAAAUACAAAAAGCAAAAAACAUACACAGUGGUACCUGGGGUUACAUACGCUUCAGGUUACAGACUCCGCUAACCCAGAAAUAGUACCUCGGGUUAAGAACUUUGCUUCAGGAUGAGAACAGAAAUCGUGCUCCGGCGGCGUGGCAGCAGCAGGAGGCCCCAUUAGCUAAAGUGGUGCUUCAGGUUAAGAACAGUUUCAGGUUAAGAAUGGACCUCUGGAAAGAAUUAAGUACUUAACCCGAGGUACCACUGUAAAAGUUAAAAAGUGAUCAAACUAUAAUAGAAUUAAAACAGCGUAAAAUUAAAUCCUUUAAAAUACAGAUAGCAAAAACAGCACAGCACAAUUAAAAGCCCUUGCUUAAAAAACAGUUCCCAAAGGACUGUUGGAACAAAACAGGCUUCAUCUGCCAGCAGAAGGACAGCAAGGAGGGAGGCAGCCCAGCUCCCCAGAAGGCCCUCUCCUGCGUCCCCACCAAAAACUCCUAAAAUAAAACUCCAAAAAUGACCAAAGUAACAAAACAGCAUCACAGAGCGGCAGCAGGAGGGAAGUCUCCUGCUCAGCCAAAGGCCUCCUGGGUAAAUUGGCCAGUGGUGGCCAGGCAUACAUCCCUCUGAGUGGAGGUCAGUCCACCCCCCUGGGAGCCACAUCAGCCAGGCCUCCCCCGCUGAGCUCAACACCUGGGCACCCAAGUCGCUCCCACUCCUCAUUUACCAGCGCAACUGCAGCUCAGUGGACGCGGCUCUCAGAGAGACGCCAGUUUCUCCGUGUGGAACUGGGAAUAGAGAUCAGAUUCCCUUGGCAGGGAAGGGACUGUUGACUACAGUGCCUGCCCCCAACCCAUCUCAGACUUCUCCCAUGCUGGGGCCUGGCCACAAACAGGGCCGCCUCUCUCUCACGCAGAACCUGAUUGGGAAUCGUGUGUGUGUGGUUGUUCCAUCCCUGUGACUCCCCUAAGGAAGACCCCUUUGGGGUGACCUCGCCGCUUGUGGCACGGCUGGUUCUUGGUGCCAUUCACAGGACGAGACUCUUCCCAGCACAGCCUCUCUCCUCUUCGCAGCUGCAAACAGCCAGCCAUGUGUACUUGCUAGCAUCCAGCGGGAAAUGGGGCUGGGGUCCUGCGUCUUCUGCCCCCUUCUCCCAGCUGUUCCCCUUGUCCUGUCGUCUCCCCUCUUCAGAGCCUUCUGUGGACCGUCUUGUGGUCCACAGAUGUGCCGUCUUGUGGUCUGUGGCCUUGGUGGGGUGAGAGUGUCUCUGUGUCUCCCUUUGCCUCUCACUUUCUCUGGGUGCAGCUUGGGUCCGUCCCCUUCCCUGUUUUUUUUGGGGGGGUUCGUGUUUCCCCCCUCCCACAUCUCACAGCCACAUGUCUGUCUCCCUCCCCCCUCCUUCCCUGUGUUGGAUUGUAGGUGCGGACGCAGGACAUGGGCGGUUACUCGACCACCUCUGACUUCGUCAAGUCUGUGAUUGACCACUUGCACCCCCACUACGGGGCCUAGGGCUGGCCUGGCCCUCGGCUGCUCCCCGCCCGGCCCCCCCAGCACAUGGGCGCCACAGACACCUCCUCCCUCGGGGCUGCCUGUCUCAGAAGAGAUCUGGGUGUGCUCUCCCUUGCGUCUCAGAUCUGAAGCUGGCCGGUCCCUACUGGGGAGCGAAUGUUUUCUUGCCCCCCCCCUCAAAUCUCUUAACCCUGGGUAUGGGUCCCAUAGAUGAAUUGAGGACACUCCUCGGUGCUGUGAGCUUUUGGGAACUGCUCCAGGCCUGGGGUCCCCAGGCAGGCCUCCUCCUGCAGCCCCCACAAAGACUUGCCCAUAGUUUUGAAAGCAGGCACUCUUGAGAGGCUGGGGUCCUUCAGGCUGCUCUGCCCCCUCCCAUUCCCCUCUUUUUCUGGGUGGAAAUACCCCCCCCUCCCACUGAAGCCCAGGCUGGAACUGGCCUUGGUCCCUCUUUCAAGGGAAAGAGGUUUUUCCUGCCCAUAGUCCCUUUUCAGCAAAGCUGAGCUCUGCAGGCGAUGCUGUGACCUUUGUGGGGAAGGGUCCAGUCCCCCCACCCUGCUGAGGAGGGUACCUUUUGUGGCUAGACCCGUGGUUCCUGCAGUUCUGACACAGGAGGAGGAGUGCUCUGUGUGUGUGUGAGAGAGAGGGGUGGGGAGGGUAAAAAGGAGAUUUUGUUACAGCUGUGGUCACUUGCAGAAUCAUGACAGCCUGGCACCAGUCUCUGCAAAUGGACCUUUAGGCCCACGGAAAUCCAGGUCAUGGGGAUUUGUCGGAAUCUGCCUGUGGUGCGUGUGUCAGGUGGUGGUUUGACCCCCAUGGGGGUUGUCUCAUUUUGAGGCCAGCUGGCUGUGUUGGUGUGAAUGUGUGGGCAGAGAAUCCCACGUGUGCUCAGCUGUCAUCAUACUCCAUAUUAAUUGUGAAUAAAACCGUUGCGGAUUUUCUGCACCAAGUGGCUCUGCUCCCUCCUUGGGGCUGUGUGUGUCUGAUUCCUGGCAACAUCUCUGCUGUGGACCCAGAGGGAGAGCACAGGGCCUCUGGACUCCAGACCAGGCCCCUGGAGAAGUUCCAGCCGUGGGGAACCUCUGCAUGGUUAAGGGUUUGCCCAGCCCCAACUGGUCUUGCAGCCCUGGAGUGGGCAGGAGCCAGAGGCUUCACCUGGGUCUGCCUCCCUCCCUCCCUGCUCUUGGCCCCCCAACGGAGCCCCACGGAUGCUCCCCUCUCCCUUUCCGGCUCGAGCGUUUGUUCCAUGUCCGUGUGAAGCAACAGACAUCCUCUUCCCGCCCUACUAGAGCUUCCUCUCCCUGCCUCCAUAUUCAUUUGCACACUGUCCAUCCUGCGCCUUCAGCAUCAUUGCAUGACCAUACAUACCAUGACUUGCAAAGCAGUAAUCACUAAAAUAAAAAGUGAACAUCACGCUUACCAUCAGCAAUUCAUCAAGGUAGUUUAGAUUUUCCUGCAUGUUAGAACUAUACAGGUGAGAGGUUCAAAAAAGAAACAGCCAUAGUGGGGGGUGCCUGGCAGGCCUCCCUGGAGAGGGCAUUUCAGUGGCAAAAGAGGGGGUGCACCUUCUGUGAAAAGUCUCCCCCACUGCAAUGAGGCAGGUGCUGGCAGCGGUAUCAUUUAAGCUCCAAGGAUGUUGCUGGCUGGCCUGCUUGUAGGGAUGCCUGUUCAUUUAGCCUCUUCCCUGAUGGGCCAAUUGAACUUCUAAGGUGUGCUUUGUGAAGCGCCUUAGGAUUUAUGGAAGGUGACGUAGAAAUAUUUUUAAAUAAACGGGGAUUCAGGAAACUCUGUGUCAGCUUAACCCCCUCUGUUCCUGACAAAUGCUGGAAAGUGGUACUGAAGUUGCCCUUCUAAGCACCUCGGUGAGCAGGAGGGGCAGCCUGGCUUCUACAAGGAUUGGGAAGAUGCAACAGACCAGGUUUUCCUAGCAGCAUUUACCCAGUCGCUGGCCAAAAGCUCCUGAGCGAACAGCUGCUUAAGGAACAGGAAGCACAGAGGGGCAAAUGGAGAGAAGUGAAAAGUGGGGUGCCCAAAGGAUGGAGCGGGGCCUGGGGUCUUCGUUGCAAGUGAAACUCAUGGAAAACGAGGUAGCGCUGAGCUCCAAAGGGCUCUCCCAGGCAGGCAAGAGGCCACGAAAUGGCAAAUAAGUACGGUGGUACCUUGGUUCUCAAACUUAAUCUGUUCCAGAAGUCCGUUCCAAAACCAAGGCGCGCUUUCCCAUAGAAAGUAAUGCAAAAUGGAUUAAUCCGUUCCAGACUUUAAAAAACAACCCCUAAAACAGCAAUUUAACAUGAAUUUUACUAUCCAACAAGACCACUGAUCCCUAAAACAAUGUACUGCAGUCACACAAUCAAUCAGAAGCUGAACUGGGUUCCACACAGUCACAAAACAAAAGAAAAAAGCCGCAAAAACAAAAAUGCAAACUAAAUAGCAAAAACAGACCCCAGCGUAACACUCAAAACGGAUCAUGUUCGGCUUCCGAAAAAAGUUUUCAAAUGGCAACACAUACUUCCAGGUUCGCAGUGUUUGGGUUCCAGGUUGUUUGAGUCCCAAGGCCUUUGAGAACCAAGGAGCCCUUGUACAGUGUGAACAGUUCGCUGAAAGUAAGUAUAUGUGCUGUGCCUGGGGUGGGCGGCAACGGUCCUCCCUUCACAUCUGUGCUUACGGGGUCUGAGCUGGUGGGGAAGGGGUUGUAGACAGCAGGUGGGAAAUGCUGGCUCCCUGUGUGGCAGCAGUGAGAAAGGCAAAAGGAGCUGUGGGGUGGCGAAGGACCUUUGCGGUCUUUUAGCGCACCCUGCUGCCUGCACAUGGCAGGAUCCCUGACACAGUGGCUGUCAGCCCCUACUGCAACGCCUCCAGCGAAGGAGAGCCCAACGCCCCCCAAGGAAGAGGGUCUCACUUUGGUGCAGCUCCUGUCUCUUAGGAAGCUGUUCGUCCUCCUGUCCUUCAGCCAAGAUCCCCUGCUUUGUCCUUCCCAGCCACUGCUUCUCUGCAGCGACAGCAAAGGGCUCCGCUCUGGCGUCUGCAGGACCAGCCCUUCAGAUCCUUGCAGAUUGCGCUCCUGUCUUUGCUCCUCUCCCACACCCUGCCUGACCUCAACUUUUUUUUUCUUUUCCAAAAAUUUUAUUGCUUUCCAACAUUUAUCACAAAAAUAACAUAACAAAAUACACAACAAAGAAAAAAAGCACACCACACUACAAUAAACUAAACACACAAGAAAAAAAAGAUUAUCUCUUCAAAUAUCCAACUUUCAUCACAUUGAUGACUGACUUCCUUGAAUCGCCUCUAACUGAAUUUCCUUAUAUCACCUUUAUAACCGUUCUCCAAGUUCAUAUUUCUAAUAAUAUUAACUGCUUUCAUUUACUAACCUCUUCUCCUUUAUUAAUAUUGUUGUUUAGUCGUGUCCGCCUCUUCAUGACCCCCCUGGACCAGAGCACGCCAGGCAUUUCUGUCUUCCACUGCCUCCCGCAGUUUGGUCAGACUCAUGCUGGUAGCUUCGAGAACACUGUCUCGCUAUCUUGUCCUCUGUCGUCCCCUUCUCCUUGUGCCCUCCAUCUUUCCCAACACCUUUAUUAAUAUUCUAAUCCUUAAUAUUUACUACCACAUAUUCUUAUUCUACCCCUCAGCCUAUUUGUUACUUCCAAGGAUUUUCUAUUUAUCUUAUAUCCUGCUUGACCUCAACUUAAACUUCCCCCAGUACAACUAACAGUCCUGUAGAAAUUGCAGAAGAAAUCCACAGUUCCAGGCAGGGCUUUAUUGCGCCCGAGGCUUCUGCUCCAUUGCCCAUCAGUUGAGAGGAAGCCGUUUUCCCCUCGCACAAUUGAAGAUUCACCUGCACUUGCUGUUUAAGUGGUAGUUGCCAAAGGAACCUACAAGGAUUACCUGAUCUCAGACAAACCCGCCACAGAAAAGAAAAAUCCUGAUUUGGGGGGGGGGCAAAAAUGGAGACUCCAAAGACUACUCAGAAAGGACAGAAACUCUUUAGGACCUCAGGGAUUCCUACUUCGUGGUGUCCAAACAACUUUCUCAUCAUUCAUAGCUCUGACCACACAUGGGUUAAAUACGCUGUCAGGUGAGAACCAAAAGAUUAUUUCACAGACAUGCUUAAAAAGGGUCCUUGCAUGUUUUGCUCCAUGGCUUUGUAGGCAGGCUAGACUUGCACACAAACAUUGAGGGCAGCACGGCAACAGCUCCUGCACUUGACAGCAUGGUGAGAAUAAAGGUAGUUUUUCACAUAAUGCCAGAAAUGUCACCCUAUCGAAUGGAUUACUAAUAAAUUAAUGACCGGCCACAAAAAUGAUUUCCGCAACUCCAGACAGUUUAGAGAAGUCUUCUGAAGUCACUGAAAAACAACCAUAUCUUUGCUAGAGUGUUGUGGGGGGAGGGGUGGAAUACCAAAUUUUGGUAGAAAUGGAGAAUAUGCAAUAGUUUGUUAGUGCACGUCAAAAGUCACUUUGUUCCUUUAGGAAUAUAAAACGUGUUAUGUGUAACUUGGUUUGCCAUUAAAUUAUGUUUGGUAUAUUAAAAGUUCAGUUUGUGUUCAAACAAUAAUUACAAAUUUACUGUGCAUUUUGAAAUGUUUACAGUCUUUGUUACAAGAUCGUAAACUGCAAGUUGCUGAACUGUAAGGAACCUCUUUGACCAGAUCAGUUUAUGAGCAGGCAAAAGCAAUCAAAUGGGAGGACUCAGCCGCAUUAUAGUUUUAAAAAGAGGAAAUUACCAUUCAAAACUCCCACUGUUCCAGGUGCAUUUUGCGACAGGAAAUUUCAUUAGUGCAAGCCGUUUCUGAGCUCUCGGUGCAGUACUGCACCUAAGAUUUCAGAUUAAACCUGCAGAGUGGAAGGAAAAGAGGGCCUUUUUCUGCCUCCCCACUUCCAGCCACUCUGGGGAAGAGACCUUCUUUAAAAUAUUAGGGAAGGUGGGCAGGGGAAGGACUAGACCAUGUGAAGAAUGAACAUAUUUUAGCUGCAGUUGGUUCAUUUUCCUGUUAUAAAAAAGCACGCCUAGACAUGCCAUUGUUGCGCCCAUAACCUCAGUAUAAGGUGCCAUUUAGCUCCUUGCCUCCAUAUCUCAGUUUCUAACAAUGUCCACCAUUGUGAUGCAGUCACUUAUUUCCAUAAAAAGAGCUGAGCAAAGCAGGAUGGGAGAGAACCAAGGCAAAAUAAACACCAGAUGAAAUGUCACCCGUCUAUUUCUAUUUGUCUCUGUUGCUUCUGAUCAUUCAUAUUUAUCUUCAACUUCUAAAAACUGAAGUUUUUGCCUAGAUUGGAAAGCGUCUAACACCCCUUUGCACCAUAGGCCAAAAUAAUUGGGGGCGAAAGCAAGAGUUUGGAAAACAAAAAGGGAGGGUGGCUAGAUGGCUUGAAAGGCUGGCCAGGCAUCCAUGAGAAAGCCAGCAGUGGCCCCAAGAGGAAGAAGGAGACCUCCAUGCUUUGCUUUUUCCUGCAGCAGCAAGGCUGCAGAUUUGUUGCAAUUAGUGAUUAGUGGGCCCAGCUCUUGCUUUGGCUCCCUGUCGGCACAGCAUUCCAAAUAUAUAUAUAUAUAUAUUUUAAGACUAUAUACUAGUAGUAUGACAGUAUAUAAUCAUGGAUCUAUAGUAAUGAGUUCACAUCUGUGUGGCUUCAGGUCCUUUCUUAAUACCCCCCUCUGUUGCAUGAUCUUUUUAAUUUGAAACUCCAGCAGAUGGCAGUCCUGAACAAGUCAUUCCCCAUCGUCUUUUGGAAGAUUUUUGCAGUAGCUCUUUUCCUCUUUUGGUUGGGAUCCAGGGAAAACAAGCCAUUUUUUGCUAGGAUUCUAAUGUGAUAAAGCAAUUUUAUAAUCUUCAAAGUUCUUUGCAAUUAUGUAUUAUGUGCAACCCACUGUUUUGGUAGUUAGCAAUUGCAUAAUUAACAUUGGCACCUGGUACUGUUUGGCAUUUCCUUUCCCUCAGAAUUUGCUUUUUACAAUUCCACCCCACCCUGGGAUAACUGCCACCCAUACAAGUUCAUACCAUAAUACAAUUGUUCCCAGUUGGUGGCCACCCAGGAGGUUCGUGGCACCAGUCACCUAACAAAAACCACCAUGAAGAUCACAGUUUUCCAUAGUUGGGAGUCCAUGGUUUGGUGUUUUAAAAAAAGGGGUCCACAGUACUUAGCUGAUUGGAACCACUGCCAUAAUAAAUAUGGAAGUUUUAAAAUUCCUAGGCACCAACACAUAUUGUUCCCUCCAUAAAUAUAUAUUGUUCCCUUUGUUUUGGAAGCUGUGUAUUAUUAAUAUUCUUGCACAAAGGACUCUUCUGGAGGAAGAAAUGGCCUUUUUGCUAACCUCCCCAUCUCUCUUCACAGGUGCGGACACCAGACAUGGGCGGCUACUCCACAUCCCACGACUUCACACGUGCCGUUAUCACAGCUCUGAGCGAGUAGGGCUUGCUGAGAAACACAUGGGGGAGGAAUUCAGAAAUUAAUUAUGACGCUGCUUUCUGCUUCUGCCAAAUAAUUUAUUGUGAGCUUAGCUCCUUGUUGCACAAAUAAAGUGAAUGUGGCCACUCCCAUGAGUUGUAUGCAUGAAAUACUCCUAGACCUUGGAGGACUCUUCGGGGAAAGUGGGAAGAAGCAGUUGGCUGCGGAGUUCAGCUACCUCUGUCAAGUGAAAAGCAGCUAUAAGCAAAGAACUGAAGUCUGCAAAUCUUGCAGUCAGCUAGCAGAGCACCAGGGAUGCUGUUUGCUACCUCAGAGUCUUGAAUGUGGAGAGAAGCUGGCAGUAAAACCCACCAGCUGCCCAGAACCAUACACCUCCCUCAUCAAACGUCUUUAAACCUUUAUGCACAACAGACAUGGAAUAAACAGACUGUGCCAUGCUACUUGGAA